AUGAGGUUUGUGAUGAUGUUCCUGCUCAGCCUGUUGGUCAAUGACAGCUCAUUGACCAACAGGCUGAAUAUCUUAGUGAUUGAUAAUGAUGAACAUGGUAGUACAGGCUUGCUUCCAUUCCUCCUGGUCCAGAUCCCCUCUGACCUCCACACUGUUGCUGCUCCUCUCUGCUUCCUGCAGAUCUUCAUCGUUCACUCUUACGGAGCUGUAGAAUAUCUAACCUUAGCCAUCAUGUCCUACAACUGCUACGUGGCCGUCUGUGAUCCUCUGCGCUAUAAAACCAGAAUGACGUCUAAAACAGUGGCUGUUCUGGUGGCGUUGACAUGGUUCUACCCGUGUUUUAUGAUGGUCGCCUUGUUGUCUUGGGCUUCUCCUCUGCAGCUGUGUGGGAGCUUCAUUAACAAACUGUACUGCGAUGCCUACUUGGUGGUGAAGCUCUCCUGUUCUGACACCACAGGGCUCAACAUCUACGAACUCAUCGCUACCUUCAGCACCAUCAUCGGCACUUUGGUUUCCAUCCUGUACACCUACAUGAAGAUAUUCCUGGUGUGUUCCUCUGGUUCUCAGCAGACCCGACAGAAGGCCGUCAGCACCUGCUCGCCUCCUCACCUGGCCUCCAUCCUCAACUUCUCCAUUGGGGCCAGUUUUGAGAUCCUACAGAGCAGGUUUGAUGUGAACAACAUGCCCAACGUUCUGCGGAUCUUCUUGUCCUUGUACUUCCUGAUGGUUCCUCCGCUGGUUAGUCCUCUAAUGUACGGACUGAAGAUGUCCAAGAUCCGCUUCGCCUGUAAAAACCUCACAUCAAACCUGAGACCUUUCCUUCAUCCAUAAAGACUCUCAGGUUAAUGGAUUAUUAGGAUGAUGGUUUCAUUUCUGAUUCAUCUGUGGAUCGAUCAGUCAACCAGACUAAUCAGUUAUGCUGCAUCUCUGCUGUCAGUGGUUUAAAACAUCUCCUGUUGUUGGUCAGUUUGGUU